UGUCGCGACAGCGAGCCGCGCGAGUGACGUCACCAAGGGCCUUCAGUCGUCCCAGACAGUUCCGGUCCGGCUGCCUCAACAACGAACCUCAUUUCGAGUCCCAGAUAUGAACAGCGUGGGCGAGGCUUGCACGGAUCUGAAACAGGACUACGACCAGUGCUUCAACCGCUGGUUCGCCGACAAGUUUUUGAAGGGAGACCGGAGCGGCGACCCGUGCACCGAGAGCUUCCGGUCCUAUCAGCGAUGUGUGCAGAAGGCCAUCAAGGACAAGGAGAUCCCGGUGGACGGGGUGGACUUCAUGGGGCCCAACAAAGAACGGCCGGAGAAUUAGCGGAGGCUGGAAACGGACUGUGGUGGGCGCAGCCGCAGACGGGAACUGUCUGUCUGUCUGUCUGUGUGGAGCUUCUGCUGGACGCCAGCGGCUGGAGUGCACGUCCGACUUGCUCCCUCUGUGAGCCUCCAAGAGUCCAGCUGACGUCAUGGCCGCAGACCUGGCGCAGUUGACACCUUUUAUGAAACGGCGGCGUUGUUGACUAACAAAAAGCCACAGAGUUAAGAAGCGGACUCGCCAACUUCUUUGCCUUGUGUUUUCUUUCUUUGACUGCAGUGGCUGCCGACGUCUUGACCUUUUUGACCUCGGAGCCCCACAGAUGGGACUGGGACCUGAAGUGGUGUGUCACUCCUGUUUUAACUUUGGUUUCUGUUUUGACACGGUAAUCCACCUUGUCAAAUGACAUGUAACUUGUGCGCUCAUCCAACUAGUCCAGCAUCUCAGAACCCUCCAUAAUUACGUCAUAAUUACAUCGACAGAAGACGUCAAAAUAAACAAAUAAACUGCAGACAAGACACAA